GCUACGCGCGCAGUUCAUUUAGAGUUGGUUACCGAUCUCUCUUCAGAAGCAUACCUACUGGCGUUGAAAAGGUUCAUUUCGCGUCGCGGUAAACCUUCAAAAAUAUUUUCCGACAACGGACGGAACUUCGUAGGUCUCAUGAACGACUUUUCAAAGUUUUUAAAAUCGUGUUCUGGCGAAAUAAAAGAGUACGCACUCUCGCAACAGAUUGAAUUUAUUAUGACGCCACCUUAUGCUAGUCAUUUUGCUGGUCUAGUCGAGGCUGGUGUUAAGAGUUGCAAACAUCACUUGCGACGUGUGAUAGGUGAUGUUAAAUUAACCUAUGAACAUUUUAGCACGAUUUUGACCCAAUGCGAAGCCAUCCUUAAUUCCAGGCCCUUAAGCCCUUUGUCCUCUGACCCGCAAGACUACACUCCUUUAACCCCCGCUCACUUCCUGGUUGGACGUCCGCUGACAGCUCCUGCGUGCGCUGACCUCGUCGACGCCCCCGCACAGCGCCUGUCACGAUACCAGCAAGUGGAGCAAAUGCGACAACAUUUCUGGGCCCGGUGGUCGAAGGAGUUCAUAUCCGAGCUGCAGGUCAGGACAAAAUGGACGAAGAAUAUGGACGACUUAAAAGUGGACACCCUCGUUUUGAUCAAGGAGGACCACACUCCGCCCCUCAAGUGGAGCUUAGGGCGGAUCACCAAGACUUUCCCGGGCAAGGACGGCGUUUCCCGAGUAGCCGAUAUACGCACCUCUCGCGGCACUGUACGCCGAGCCUUUUCGAAAAUUUGCCCGCUACCUACGCAUGAUGACUGACGUCGCUGCCUCAUCUUCACGUUGGAAGCCAGCACUUCCAAGGCCGGGAGCUUAUGUUACGGCCAUACCUAAAACGCAUUCAACUGACGGCGGCGCGUGACCUUCAUCCUGGCGCGCGCAUAGCGACCCGCGCAGCACAUCCCCGGCUGCGCUGCCCUACCACGAGUCAACCUACGUCACAAUACGUCACAUGCAUCAUCAUCGCGCCAUCUCACCGGCAGCCAAUGACAUGCAUGUACGCGAUAUGUCGUGAUCGCCAACCAGUGGUGUCGCGGCUCG